GUAGAGGACAGGGAGGGGCUGCUGGGCUAGCAAAUGUGCUUCCUGCCCAGGAGAGAGAGACAGACAGACACAUACACACAUCUAUAUAUAAGUCUCUGCUGCAAAUAUAUUUGAAAGACUGCAUAGUAUCAGCUGAGCCUCCUUCUCCUCCAUAGGGACCAGUGCAGCCCUACGUGAAGACUUCAAGAAGCAUGGGAGUCACCUGUGUGUCUCAGAUGCCCGUGGCAGAGGGGAAGAGCGUCCAGCAAACAGUUGAAAUCCUAACAAGGAAAUUGGAGCUGCUGGGAGCAGAGAAACAAGGAACAUUUUGUGUGGACUGUGAGACCUACCACACCGCUGCCUCCACCAUGGGCAACCAAGGGCAGGCUGGCAAGCUGAUGUACGUGAUGCAUAACUCUGAAUAUCCCCUCAGCUGUUUCGCUCUCUUUGAAAACGGCCCCUGCCUCAUAGCAGAUGCCAACUUUGAUGUCCUGAUGGUGAAACUGAAAGGCUUUUUCCAAAACGCCAAGGCAAACAAGAUAGAGAGCCGGGGUACGCGGUACCAGUACUGUGACUUCUUGGUGAAGGUUGGCACUGUUACCAUGGGGCCCAGUGCCCGGGGAAUAUCUGUGGAGGUGGAAUACUGCCCAUGUGUGGUAGCCAACGACUGCUGGAACCUGCUCAUGGAGUUCAUGCAAAGCUUCAUGGGGAAUCACACUCCUGGAAACCCAUCCGUGUUUGGCAACAAGCACGACAACAUCUACAGCCCAGGUGACACAAUGGCUCAGUACAUGGAACUGUUCAACAAGAUCCGCAAACAGCAGCAGGUGCCUGUAGCUGGGAUCAGAUGAAGAAGACUCCAGGAGACUUUUUUCUUUUUAAAGUGACAAUAUCCUCUUUUUUCUGAUUGUCCUCAUGGAUCAGGAAUACCAGCCCUUUGCUCAGUAAUGUCCUGAAGAUGUCUUCCCCCUAAAGAAAAACAUCAUUCAUCUCCAUAUAGCAGGGGUAGAAUCAGUUUUUCCUACCUCCAAGCUUGGUCUCAAAUAUAGUGUGUGUUUCAUCCCUUAUUCAGUGGUUAGCCCAUUGGCGCUGAUGUGUCUCAAUGCAACAUCAAUGCUUGAUUCUGGUGAUAAAUGUUCUUCUGCAGAAGGAUAAAGUAGAAAAUCCAGCUGUGUGCGCACACAGGCAGGGUUUUAUUGUCCCUCAUUUUCCUUAGUGGCAGGCUGGUGAAUGUGGGUUUGGGGGAUAUUCAUAUGGAAGCAUUUUGGUACCACUUUAAUAAUAAUUAAAAAAAGGCUUAUUUUCAUAUAAAGAUGUGGAGUCUUUUUAUCCAGCAAGGGGUGUGUGUGUGUGUGUGUGUGUGUUUUGUAACAAAUUUCUUUAAUUUUUCUCUGGU